UACAGGCCGUGUGUGCAGCAGAGGUGUGGCGGCAGAUAACGGUGACGCAGCGUCGUGCGUAAAAGGAGGCCGGCCCUUAAAUCUCUCAGCCUCUUCCUCCUCCGCUGACUCUCCGUCUGUCCGGGCGCUGCUGUGUUUCAUAACCGGCGGUGGUGUCUCCUCUCCUCCUCUCAGCCAUGGCAGCGGUCAGGACUCUCAGGAAACUGUGCCAGCACUCCCAGCACCAAGUCUGUAAACUGCACACGUCCGCCUCGAGGCACGAGGCAGUGGUCAUCUCAGGAAAGAAACUUGCGCGGCAGAUUCGCGAGGAGGCCCAGGUCGAUGUGGAGAAAUGGGUUCUAGCCGGCCACAGGACCCAUCUGAGCGUGGUCCUCGUGGGAGACAACCCUGCCAGCCACUCCUACGUCCUGAACAAGACGCGUGCCGCAGCCGAUGUCGGAAUCUCAAGUGAGACGAUUCUCAAGCAUUCAGACAUCAGUGAGGAGGAGUUACUGGACUUGAUCUACAAACUCAAUGCAGACCACCGUGUGGACGGCCUGCUGGUCCAGCUGCCUCUGCCAGACCACAUCGAUGAGCGUACGAUCUGCAACGCAGUUUCCCCGGCGAAGACGUCGACGGUUUUCCACGUAGUCAAUGUGGGUCGCAUGUGCCUGGAACAGUCCACCAUGCUGCCUGCCACUCCCUGGGGAGUCUGGGAAAUUAUUAAACGCACAGGUAUUCCUACUCUUGGGAAGAACGUCGUGGUUGCAGGACGCUCCAAGAACGUGGGAAUGCCCAUCGCCAUGUUGCUGCACACAGAUGGCCGACACGAGAGGCCCGGAGGUGAUGCCACAGUCACCAUUUCUCACCGUUACACUCCAAAGGAUCAACUUCGCCAGCACACUAAAAUCGCUGAUAUCAUCGUGGCUGCUGCAGGGAUUCCAAACCUGAUUACGGCAGACAUGAUCAAAGAGGGAGCAGCAGUGAUCGACGUCGGAAUAAACAGAGUGCAGGACCCUGUCACUGGGAAGAACAGGCUGGUGGGAGACGUGGAUUUUGAAGGUGUGAGACAGAAGGCGGGAUUCAUCACCCCAGUGCCAGGAGGAGUUGGACCCAUGACUGUGGCGAUGCUCAUGAAAAACACUAUCAAAGCAGCUAAGAACGUCCUGCUGUUCCCCCCAGAGAGGAUCCGCAUGGCAGCUGCGUCUUAAUGGUCACAAAAAACCCCGCCAAGAGCGACACAUUCCUCCCGAACACCACCACGUCCUCAUUUUGAACUCGGGGCGACCUGCCGAGCUCCGCUUGCACACAGACUGGAAAGAUGAGAGCUUUGAGGCUCUCUUUCUGCUGACAUCUUUAACCUUUCCCAACUUCAAGUCCAGCCAUGUUUAGACUGUUACUAUUACUCAUGCAGCUGCAUGUUUUUAUGUACCAGGGUUUUCGGUAUUUAUCAUUGCAAUGUACUUCUUUGGGGGUUUUAAGGACUCUUAAGGUGUUGUUUUAUUUAUUGCUACAGUGACACAGUAUUUAAACAUGAAUGAGGACAGGUGACGGUAUUUAACCUUAAGCUGGAGCGCUGCUGAAGCAGAGAGAUUGAGGCCUGUCUGUUGUGUUUCUUUCGGUUUAGUUUAGCCUUAUGUACCAAGAGUGAUAAGGGCCUAACACCAUCAGGAACAACUACGUUUAUCAGUUUACAAGCUUUAAAGAUUCACAAUUGCCUUUGUAAAAACUUUGAAAUAAAGAUUACGAAAUAUGUUCUCAAGUUGAAGCUUUCUGUGCACAUAAAUUGUGUCAAAUCAUGUAAAACACGGGAUAAAAAUGUGAAAUCAUCAAUGUGACACACUGGAAGCUCUUGUCACACACAGGUUAGAUUUUCUCACAGAGACUUUAUUUUCAUCGAUUGAUGGUAAAUAAUAAACUUGGUUUCUGUAGCACAUUUCAAAACUGGGGUUAUGAGGUGCUUUACAGAAAGAAGAGCAACAACGAAACUUCAAGAAGCAAUAAGACAUUAAAAGAAGACAAAACAUUCGAAAAUACCACAUCAGGACUAAAGUUCUGUGUUUCCUGUGUUGUGUAUUUAUGAGCGGUCUUAUUGCUGAGUUGACCUGAUGGUCUUUUUUCUUAGUGUUGCCUUUAUGUUAUUAGCCUCAUUAAAAAGCUGAAUGGACUCUUUUCAUUAUUCUUUCCUGCUUUUAUUUUCUUUCUUCUUAGUGUUUAGAGGUUUCCUUUGUUGCUCUAUGACAAGCAACGGGCAGUGAAGUGUGUUUGGGUUCAUUAAGUUGUAGGUUUGUUUAGUUCUCAUAUCUGCUUAAGCAGAUUGCCCCAUUUUGACAUUUAUCAUGGCCCUUACAGGGUUUAUGUUGAAUGAACAAAAAAAAUCUAUGAAAAAAUUGUUUGAAAAUAAAUGAUUGCUGUUAAAGUGAGAA